AUGGUUAAGAUUAGCGAUGCAGCUUCAGCAUUUAAAACUUUAAAUGGCAUUAUUUGUGUUUACAAACCGCCUUGUGUCCCUGUUCGACAAAUUAAACACGUUAUUGUAACAAAUUUAUGUAAAGAUCUAAAUAAUCUUCCUGAUCGACCACUGGAACAGCGUGUUGAAAUAUUGGGGGAAACCAAUAAAACUAUGGAGGUAAGAAUAGUACCAAACUAUGCAGAUGACCCUCUAGCUUGUGGACCGAGAUAUAUACAUGAUGAUUUUCGAUGCAACUGGGCGACACAUUUGGGUCUGUUUAGCAGUGGUAUUCUCUUGCUAGGAUUAAAUGAAGGUACAAAACUGUCAUAUCAUAUAAAUAUUGGACGUCCAACAAGGGCAUAUAAGGUUCAUGGCCAGCUUGGUAAAGCAACUGAUACUUUCUUCUGGAAUGGCCGAACAAUGGAGCGUACAACAUAUUCUCAUGUAACAAGAGAAAAGAUGGAUAAAGUUAUUGCCCAUAUGCAGGCAGCGCACCAGAAAACAAUGUAUCAAUUGUCAGGGUUACAUAUGGAAUCACAGACAACUUAUGAGCUAGCAGCAAAAGGAUUAAUUCGCCCUGCUAAUAGUAAGCUGCCAGUUAUAUAUGGCCUAAAAUGUGUCCACUUUGCACCACCAGAUUUUACAUUAGAAAUACAAUCAGUUAAUGAGUAUGACAAGUAUUUAUGGACUCUAAUACAUGAUCUGGGAGUACAACUGAAAUCAUCAGCUUACUGUACGGGAGUACAAUGUAUUAGACAGGGCAAGUUUAAUCUAGAACAUGCAUUGUUAAGGAAACACUGGAAGCUACAGCACAUUAUAGACAAUAUGGAUUUAUGCCGACAAAUAUUAGAGGAGAAUGAACAAAUGCUGUUACAAAGAUCAACACACCUAAUGUAG